CAAGGAGAUAAGGUCCAUUAACGCGCUACUCGUAGAUAGAGUGAGAUUGCAAUGUAAAUUAGGUUUCAGUUUUGCUUCUGAAGUGAGUUCUCCUCUAAUAUACUCUCAUUAGUUUCAACUCUCAAGUUUCUUCAUUAUCGAUACCGUUUUCAAUUAAAUGAAUUUCAUCGACUGAUCGAUUACGCUGGGUCUGAUCCGAUUUGGUGAAAAAGUGCGAACUGCUGUUAUUCCACAUCUCAUCAUAAGGCGGAUAUAAUCUCCAAGAUCUCCCGACUGAUUCGUGAGCUGGUUCAGAAGCACUUAGUAACAUCAAGUUGUUUAUUUUUGGCAGGACGCUAAUGAAAAGGACCACUCAUUCUUUCAAAGAAUAGGCGCGAAGUCAAUCGAUCGCUCUUAAAGAGCGGGUGGUGGAGAACACUAGAAGUAGCGUUAUAAAAAGUUUACUUGAGGACGGUGCUCCGUUCGCUUAACCUAGAGUCUAAGUCCUAGACGAAUCGCAGGCAGAAAUAAGAACGCGCACGUUGUCCCGUUCACGAGGGUGGAGGAGAUGGCGCAUGCUCUUCGUCCUGAACGCACAUAGCCUGGUAGCACGACUCCAGGUACAAGCGAAAAUCCAUAGCGACGAGGAAUCAUUCUGCCGUCGCUGUUCGUAAUCCACACGAGGAGGACCCGGUGGGGUCGAGAAACCGCGUGGUGCCAGUUCGGACUCGGCAGGUGGCGAAUUAACACCAAGAAGAUGAAACCCGGCAUUCGCGGAAGAACCACGUGUUUCGAAGCAGAUAAGACAGUUCAAAUUUAGAAUAAUGGAUUAAUACUCGAAAUUGGUGUCUACAGUUGACGAUAUCUUAAGAAUCAUCUAAAUCAGGAGUAAUAAGAAAACAAAAGGAAUCAAAGCGGCAGCAAAAACUGUAACAGUGAAAUUUAAAGAAAGUAAGAAUUAUGAUUCGAGGUUGAAGUAGUAAAGUAAAAUCGGGAGGCUAACCAGUAAUGGUGUUGUGUUAUUGCAAGUGGAGUCUAGACCGUCGGAGUUAUUUGGAAGCAACACGUGGUUACGGAGAAUAGACGGUUGAAAACUAUAGGUAAAAGACCUAUGGUGGGUAGGAGUUGAAUUUUCGUUUGAAAAUAUUUUGUGGGACAAGUAGGAGUUUAGUGUUGGUGGAUCAUCAAAGUGCAUAGCAUCAGGUUAUCGUGAACUUUACUAUAAGAGUAUUUUCGCCCGAUUGGAAUUCGCAUUGGGGAGGCUUGACGACUCCUUGGGGAUUCAAAAGACUCUUCAAUGGAGAGCACUUCUGUAAACGAGUCUAACCCCCUGGAGGGCAACUAUGUUUUGGACUUGCUAAACCAUAUCAACCAGUUAAAUGAUUCUCAGUCACGUCAGGAAUUGGAAUGCCGUAUGAAACUUUUGGGAAAACGACCCAGUAGGGGAUGUGACGUCUACUGGGAUUCACUCCUCUGUUGGCCUCACACUCAACCUGGAGCCCAAGCGAUUUUGCCGUGCUUUGAAGAACUUAACGGCAUUCGCUACGACAUCAACCAGAACGCGAGCAGAUGGUGUAUGCAAAAUGGCACUUGGGACAGCUAUUCAAACUAUUCACAGUGUCUCAAUGUACUUCCAAAAAUGGAAGCAGGAGUGGAAAUUACAACGAUGAUUUACAUCAUCGGUUACAGUCUCUCACUCAUUUCCCUCAUCGUUGCUGUAUCUAUAUUUUUAUACUACAAGGAACUUAGGUGUCUCAGAAAUAGUAUUCACACGCAUCUGAUGCUCACUUAUAUCCUGGCAGAUUUCAUGUGGAUUGUAACUACCAUAAUGCAGAUCUCGGUGCAAACUGAUAUUCCGACCUGCACCGCAUUUUUCUCGCUGCUGCAUUAUUUUCAACUGACCAAUUUUUUCUGGAUGUUUGUGGAAGGAUUGUACCUGUACCUGCUAGUAGUUCAGACUUUUACUGGUGACAAUAUCAAAUUGAGGCUUUGUCUCGUGAUUGGCUGGGGCGUGCCAAUUCUUGUGACGGCCGUUUGGGGUAUUGCCAAGUCCCUCGUGGCAAAUCUACCCAGCCAGGGUAAUCAGAACGUGGCCUUAUGGAGGCAUUGCCCCUGGCUGAUACCACACCCUUACGACUGGUUCUACCAAGCCCCUGCUAUCGUCGUGCUCUGCAUAAACGUCAUUUUUCUUUUUAUGAUAAUGUGGGUCCUGAUAACAAAACUGAGGUCAGCGAAUAACGUGGAGACUCAACAAUAUCGGAAAGCUAGUAAAGCCCUUUUGGUACUCAUUCCACUUCUGGGCGUCACCUAUGUUUUAGUGCUGGCUGGUCCAGAGGAAGGCCAAGUUGCUAAUGUGUUCACUCAUUCGAGGGCCUUUCUACUGUCUUCACAGGGUUUGUCCGUGGCGUUGUUUUAUUGCUUCCUCAAUACCGAAGUGCAGAAUACAGUGCGGCAUCAUUUCAACAGGUGGAGCACUGCUCGUAAUCUCGGAACAGAUCGAAGGUAUUACAAUAACUGGUCACCCCGUUCGAGAACUGAGAGUAUAAGGCACUGUUUCAGGCUGUAUUGCCAGCCAACGGAUCGAGAUCGAAAAAGGGAAUCGAUAGCGAGCGAAACGACAACGACGACAAUGGUCGGGCCGAAUUCUACAACAGCUUUUCUCGACAAAUCCAGCAAAAUCAUCGCCGAAGAAUGAAAUUUCUGUUACUUUCCAUAUAUUUUCUUUGUUUUGUAAACUGUACAUACUCAUAUUUUAACUGUCAUUUUCUCAAAGAUCCAUUUCAAAAUGUUCUCACACCUUAAAACUCAACACGCCUAGCCUCGAUUAAGUUCAACCCAAAAGUACUUGUACAUUCAAUUUCUCUUUUGCAUGUGUUUAGGUAAUAAUCCCCUUUUUUUUCUAGCCAAGAAAUAAAAAAAUGGUACUGUGUGUUUUAAGGAAUUUUUUUUUCAUUGUUAAGAAUUAAAAAUCUCAUUUUUUCGAAAAUGACCCGAAAUAUAAAUAGCAUUUCAAAAUAAUGUAGGUACCUGAAAUC